GGGUGAGUCGCGUUUCCACUCGUGUGUCGCCCCGCCACUUCUCAAGAACUUUACCUCUGCCAAGUCUGCUGCUGACUAUAUCACUACCUCCACUGUCCGUGCUGGAGGAGUGUGACGGAAAGUUGUGGCGGCAGUAUUUUGACAGUAGAGACACGCACGCAUGUUCUUAACUGUUUCACAGUGGUCUUGGAACUGAUGCUUUUCAAUGGUGCAAAGUGUUUAGAAGUGAAGGUGAUCCUUGUGCUGUCGGUGGACCUUUGGACCUGAGAAACUCAUUUUAAGACUUAAAACGAGUGUACCGUGUAAAGCAAGGGUUGUGUCAUGGAAGACGAAGGCACCGACAGGACCCAGCUGGAACGUUAUUCUAGUGUGUCCCCACGCAGCAGCAGCCGAAACAAAGUCGACAAACCACCUCAGUACGAGAAGAUCCAAGUGAAUCAGGCAGGCGGCUCUCGCUUAGACAAGAAACAAAUGGUUAAUGAGGCGGUGGACAAGAUCUACGACCGUGCGCAGUAUGAAGUUGACCACAUCCCCGCCAGCAAGUUGCCAGCCGAGAGACUGAUUACGGACAAGUUCGCCUCAGACAAACUGAACCACUACGACAAGCCGCCUCGAGGCUCCAUAACCAAAAGCUUCACUGAUGCCUCUUAUAAAAACCACCUCAAGGACAAGCUGGAGAAGUACGACAGACUGGAUAAGAACCAGGGAAUGAAGAAGGUCGCAAGUGAUAUUGGGCGACGGGACAGCGGCAGGCAGUCCAAAUCUGCCGCUACAAAAGACAGCAAGUCGACAGGCGGGGAAGUGGCCUUCCAACAUGGCGUAUGUCGCUGUGCGGCAAUGGGAGGCCGCCCUCACGUUCACAGGAGCAUUGACGACAAGAAAACUGUGGGUGUGGGAGUACCGUGCGUGAGGUCGAGCAGCAUGACAGACUCUGACUUGUUCAGUCGUGGACGAGGGUGUUCCCGUCGCUGGUGUGUGUGUCUGGUGCUGGCCGUACUCUUCGUCUCCCUGGGAGCUGCCGCUGGCAUCUACUUUGCCUAUCAGUUCCUGGGGCUGGAGCUGCCACAUGAGCGGGUGUUCCGUGGAAUGUUCCGUGUACGGAGCGGCGACCGCUGGACGUCGCAGCUGUCUGACCACACUAACCCUUCAUACAUCACCACCGCCCAGCAGUACGCUACCCGCCUCGACACUAUCUACGGCAACUCCGUCUUCAAGAACGUCUUCAUCCGCUCCGAGGUGCUGGGCCUCGACCGGGGUGCCAACGACUCCUUGGUGGUACACUUCAACCUGCACAUCAACUACCGUCGCCUGCACCUGGAUGCCGCUGACCUGUACCUGGUGAUCAUGUCCGAAAUACGUCGACCAGACGCCUCAGCCCUCACCGGAGUCUCAAUCGACGAGGACUCUGUUGAGAUACAAGAGCGGACACCCUCGCUGGAGAUCCUGCCGCCGCACCUCGACGACAACUUCCCCAACCUGAAGGCGGCGCCCAUAGCUGGCCACGAGGUGACGCCCUCCAGGAACCACCUAACAACCUCCACCCCUCCGCCCACUACCACCCUGCCACCCAGACGGUGCCAAGCUCUAGACGUAACCCUGUGUGCCAACCUGCACCACAACGUCACCACCUACCCCAACCUGCUGGGUCAUCCCGACGCACGUACCGUAGAGCGUGACAUCAUCUCCGUCAGGGAGGUAAUAGACUCUGAGUGCCACCCGCUGGCGCAGGAGUUUCUAUGCGAGCUGCUGCAACCAGACUGUCGUCGGGCGCAGAGCAUGAACCCCAGCGGGGUGUUCGAGGAUCACAUCAUCAGCCCCUGCAGGGACUUCUGCGAGGAGGUGAUGAGUACCUGCGGCAGGCGCCUUCCCCCGCACCUCCGCCUCGCCAUAGACUGUGCCAGCUUCCCUGUGCUUGACGGAGGCCACGAGUGUACGGCCAAGCCAGGUAAUACUUGACGGGUGCCAUGAGUGUACAGACAAAUAAGGUGAGACACUGCCUCCUUAUCUUUCUCUC